UGUCCAGAACGCAGCUCAGAAUUUCUCGGAUUUUCUUCUGUUGGUUUCUACAUAUUCCCUGUUUGAUUUUUGUGUUUGUUUUGGAUUGUUUGUUCGAAAAUAAAAAAGUCAACCUCGUUUGUAUCUUUGAACGUCUGAGAAAUUUCCUGGGUAAUCUAUUGCUCCGCAUUGAGUCCGUAGUUUUUAAGGUUCCAGCACCAUUUUUCAUUUUCUUUUUUGUUUUUAACUGUUACUUUAGACUUUCGUAGCAAGCUUUCAUUGAAAUUUAAAGCUUCCAAAUUUUACCUCCUACUAGUAUGAACUAUUCUGUGGUUAAGCAGCAAGUUGGCAACUUAUUGGGGUCUCUUUUCUGUAACAUCUUAAUUUUCCUCUCACAUUUUUCUUGUUCUACAUGAUUCUAGACCCAUUGAAUGGAACUUCCCAUAUUGGCAUAACGUGGCGCUGUCUCUGAAAUCAUGAUCUGCAGACCAAAGCUUCUGAAAUGUGGCAUAAUUCAGAGUCUGAACUUUCUCAGCGCCAAUUCUUCUCUUUUGAUUGAUACGGGUAAACCUCUUGAUAGAAUACAAGAAGGCGCCUAUUCAACAAUGCCAUUGGCUAAUGAUAACAUGGAUAAGGAAUUUGGGAAUUUUACAUUGGCAAAAGACCUGGCCAGUCUUGUUGAGGAAUCUUCUAAAGUUGUUGAGAAAAAGGCAAAGAGUCGAAUGGAGCUCAAGAGAUUGCUUGAAUUCCGCAUUAAAAAGAGAGUCAAGGAGCAAUAUGUGAACGGGAAAUUUCAAGACGUAAUGGAAAAAGUGGUUUCCAAUCCAGAAACUCUUCAGGAUGCUUACAAUUGUCUGAAGCUUAACUCUAAUGUUGAUGUGGAUUUGAACUAUGACAGCACUUUCAAUACCUUGGCAGAACAGCUAUGCCAUGGGAGUUUUGAUGUCACUGCCAAUACCUUCACUAUUUCAACAAGAGGUGUGAAGAAAGAUGUUCUUGUCCUCCCCAAUUUAAAGUUGAAGGUUCUCCAAGAAGCUAUCAGGAUUACUUUGGAAGUUGUUUAUAGGCCACACUUCUCCAAAAUUUCACAUGGUUGUCGAAGUGGCAGGGGACACUCCACAGCCUUAAAGUACAUCUGCAAAGGGAUCUUGAAUCCUGACUGGUGGUUCACAUUGCAUGUAACCAAAAAGUUAGAUGCUGCUGUCUUAACUAAGCUUGUCUCAGAAAUGGAGGACAAAAUAGAAGACCCAAAAUUAUAUGCGAUGAUUUGGGGCAUGUUUGAGGCCCAGGCACUGAAUUUUGAGUUUGGAGGUUUCCCAAAGGGCCAUGGUCUUCCACAAGAAGGGGUUUUAUCGUCUAUUCUCAUGAAUAUAUAUUUUGACCUCUUUGAUCGAGAAUUUUACAGGUUGUCAAUGAAAUAUGAAGCUAUUAAUGGUGGAAGUUGUGAUGAUCAAGAUAAAUCAUGCUCCAAAUUGCGCAGUUGGUUUAGGAGACAGUUGAAAAGUCAUGAUCCUAAGUGCUUAGUUGAAGGGACUCCUGGUCUCAAAGUAUACUCUUGCCGAGUUAUGGAUGAGAUAUUUUUUGCAGUUUCUGGUUCUAGAGAAUCUGCUGUUAGUUUGAAGUCUGAGAUCCAAACUUAUUUGAAGGACUCUUUGCUCCUGGAUGUGGAUGACCAAACAGAUAUACUACCUUGUGAUGGAUCUGAUACUAUUCGCUUUCUGGGAACUUCAAUUAGAAGAAAUGUUAGAGAAAGUCCUGCGGUUAAAGCUGUUCACAAGUUAAAGAAAAAAAUUGAAUUAUUUGCUUCACAAAGGCAAGAGGCCUGGAAUUAUGGGACAACUAGAAUUGGGAAGAAAUGGCUGGGGCAUGGUUUAAAGAAGGUUAAGGAAUCAGAAAUCAAACACUUAGCUAAUAAUAGCUCUUUGCUAAACAACAUUUCAUGCUUCCGUAAGUCUGGAAUGGAAACUGACCAUUGGUAUAAACACUUAAUGAAGAUAUGGAUGCAAGUUAUUCAAGCUAAAAAUGCUGCAAGUGAAGAAAUCAUCCUAUCUAAGUGUGUUGCUGAACCAUCUCUACCCCAAGAGCUUAAAGAUUCAUAUUAUGAAUUUCUAAAACAGGUGGAUAAGUAUAUAUCUUCUGAGACAGCUUCUACACUCCAGCUUUUAUCAAAUUCUGACAUCUCAACACAACUUGAAAUUAAACAAACUGAGAUUAUUGCUCCGUUAUGUGCUAUUAAAAAACGUCUCCAGAGAUAUGGAUUGGUCACAUCUAAUGGAUGCCCCCGCCCUGCUACUUUACUUAUCUUGCAAGAUACUGCUGAAAUUAUUGACUGGUUUUCAGGGAUUGUACGCCGCUGGCUAAGAUGGUAUCAGAAUUGUGUUAACUUUAAUGAGGUAAAGCUCUUGAUUUCUGUUGAAGUUCGGAAAUCAUGUAUCCGUACUUUAGCAGCGAAGUAUCGGAUACAUGAAACUGAGAUAGAGAAGCGGUUUGACCAGGAACUCAGCAGGCUUCCAUUAACUGAGGAGAUAGAGGAUAAGAUGACAAAUGAAACUUUGGAUGUUGAAGCUUUUGAUAAUAAUGAGUCAUUAAUGUAUGGAAUUUCCUACAGUGGUUUGUGUUUGUUGUCUCUGGCAAGAUUAGUGACACAGUCAAGACCUUGUAACUGUUUUGUUAUUGGGUGCUCAUCCGCAGCACCAAGUGUCUAUACUCUUCAUGUUAUGGAAAGGCAGAAGUUUCCAAGCUGGAAGACUGGCUUUUCAACUUGCAUCCAUCCAAGCUUGAAUAAACGACGAAUUGGAUUAUGCAAGCAACAUCUGCAAGAUUUGUACCUGGGUCACAUAUCUCUGCAGUCCAUUGAUUUUGGUGCAUGGAAGUAAGCGCUAUCUAUUAUUGGAGAUUCCUUAUAAGGCUAUUUGGAUUAUGGUCAUAUAUUACAUCAGUUUGUUGAAGAUGUUAAAGGUUCUCUUGCAAAUGAGGUGCAAAAUUUAAAUCUCAGCUUACUAGCAGAUUUUGUUUGAUAUCCCGAGUCUGCAAUCUUUGAUGCCAAGACAGAUGUAUGGCAAAAGAUGGGGCGUUCUUGUGAGGAUUUUGGGAUUAAGGAAGAUGAGUCUUCAUUCCCUCCUUUAGUUUAGUCCGUGUGAGUAUCCAUUUUGCUGGAAGAGGGAAUGAUUCAAUUAAUGGACUGAGUUAUAAAUAUCUUGCCAAUUUUCCUAUUUUAUCACUGUGCCACUUUUGCUGAGCAAAUUUUCAGCUUUAAGCUACAAGAAGCAAGUCUGUGGUUAUCAUAAAUGAUAUGUCUUAGAAAUAUAGCAGAAACUCUUAUGACUCUCUCUGGUUUACUCAUCCAUGUUAUAUGAAGUAAAAGAUUUCAAGUAGUUUCAUGUUCUUUAGCAGUUGCUUUCCUGUCUCAAUGAUUUUAAGGGUAUUUCACUAUGUAAUCCAACCGAGUCAGCAGCAGUUAACUCAAAGCAUGACUAUAAUGUUGGCCUGUUAGACUCAUCAAGUUUUAUUUUGAUUCCCUUAGAUGAAAGUUUUAUUUGAUUUCUUAAAUUCUGAAGCAUUAAGUGCCAGUUAAAGAAUCAAAUAGAAGGGUAACUAGAGCAUUCAUUUUGACAGAGAAUGAUUGGCCAGUAUUACUUUAGAUAUAUUCCAGAACAUAGUUUCAAAUUUUGUUGAUUACAUGAGCUAGCUUCUGAUGUUAACUGAUUGAAAUCACGUAAGACCUCCAUGUUAAAAAGGCAGAUAGAAAUUUUUACAUGAUCCAAGUUUCUUAAAAUCAAAUCAAACUUUUCAAAAUUUCUAUCUAGCAGCUCUUCUUAACUUGGUUCUAUAAUGUUUCGAACCAUGCAAAGCAUCAAAAACUUCACUGCCUGCUGGAGCAUCCUUGUCUUCAUAUCUCUUCUAGACAUUUAAAAACAACUGACAUAAUAGUUCCUAUUUCCCACUAGCUUAUCGAAGUGCUAGAGAGGAUGAAUUAUGCUCUAUAUUUGAGAGGCUUGGCUUUUGUUUCUCUCUCAGCUUGAGUGGUGGCAAAUUUUCUAGCAUUCACCACUUUUUCAACCAUCUUACUUCCCAUGACAUGUGCUCUAGUUUCUCCAGUGCCUGAUACUGAUCUUUCCUUUUGGUUUCUCAAUUGUUUCUGGGUUGCCUCUGAUUGUUUCCAACCAUUGGAAACGCUACGGGAUGGUGAAUGUGAUUGUCUGCUUGCUCUAGGAGUAGUAUCACGGUUCCGAAACCCUGCUACUGUUGAUGUUGGAUUGCUAAUUCUUCCUCGAGUAGCAGAUGUUGACUGAUGAUCUGUCCGUAGAUUUGCUGGUGCCUUGUCAGGAAAUUCUUCUGUAAUAUGAGCUACAACACUUGACCUCAGGAAAGGAGGAAGGAGCAUGCAAUUGUCCUGAAAUAUCACUCUAAUAUCUUCAAGAGCUGCUCAACCUAUCUCUCCAUAACGACAGUCUAUUAUUUGAUCCGGUGACAUUUUCUUACUCUGAAAAUCUCUGUAUUUUCUACUUCUCACAAGCUUAUUGGCUUGAUUAUUAAUGAAGUGGGUGUCAAGCAAUGUUCCCCAGAAUCACAGAAGGUAUCAGUGAAUGAGAAGAAGAGAUGUGAUUCCAGUGAUUAAGAUGAAAUGAAGCAUAGAAAGAAACAGAUAGUUGCUGUCACCCUUUGAGUCAUAUUCAUAGUCAUCUGAGGAAACAGGACGAAGGAGGCUCGAGUUUCGCUCAUUCUCGCGCUUCUUCUUCUGCAAAUCUUUGAAAAGGAUGAGAUCGUCGUCCUUCUCCAUCCUCCUGUGAAACGGCAUCAUCUUAGCCAUAUCUCAAUGAUUUCUCCUUCUUCCUUCCUCCUAUGCUGUUAUUUGUUAUAAAGCUGAGUUCUUCAGAUAUUAAUAUGGGAAUCCAUUAAUGAAGGUCAAAGAAAAGGAAGAACAAGUGCCAUUUGGAGCUUAUGAGGCCGGCUACUUCUCUCUAGUUCUGUUUUCCCUGUUUUAUUAUUACGAAGUUCUGAUGUUUGUUGGGGGUUCAAGUUUAUUUUUAUCAUAUAAUCGAUGAAUCGUUUGAUUGUGAUUUUUAUAUUGUGGAGAGAUUUAGUAUGCAACUUUCAUGCACAAUCAAGGGGAUGUGUGAACGUGAGAUACGAUAUGAUUCCUCGGAUAGACAAAUAUUAAAUUUUAGAA